GUCUCUUGUUGGGUUCACCCAAGUCAAGGUCUCCUACCAAAAAAGUGAAAAUCUCCACUCUCCGUGACAAAGUGUGCAAAACUCGUGUAGUUCAGUAGAUGGAUUCUCGCGUAGAACACGUAUUGUUUUAAAUAAAAAACAAUUAUUUUUUAUUUUCGUUUUAUUUUCUUCUAUUUUAAUGAUGAAGUGAAAAUUUUUUUCGGCUCAGUUUUGUCGUUUUAUCUAGUGAACAGUUGGAAUUUAUUAAAUGGUGAGUCUACAAGAGGAAUUGUAGGUAUUUCAACGUUGUGAAAUUGUGUUACUUUUACUUUAUCUAUGGGAGAAAGAAUUUUAAAUCGAAGGAAAUCGAUUCAAGAGACCAUGCCUCCCGGAAUAAUAGCGAUCCGAGUACUGUUUUGGAUGGCCAUAAAAUCAAUAAACGUGCUGUAUAUACCAGUAAUAAUAAAAAGGGUUUUUCGGAAAAAUAAAACUUGUCCUCCGGUCUCAAACGAAAUUCUUCUUUUAUCAGCCACCGAACUGGCCGAAAAAAUACGAAAUCGAAACGUAUCCUGCGAAAGCGUCGUAAGGGCGUACAUAAACAGGAUACAGCAGGUGAAUCCCAUAAUUAACGCCGUUAUAGAGGAUAGAUUUCAAGCCGCUUUGGAGGAUGCUAAAAGAGUGGAUCAGUUUUUGGCGAGCAGCCAAAUGGAUGUGAAGGAAAUCGAAGAGAAUCAUCCCUUACUUGGAGUUCCGAUUUCGAUAAAAGGUAGUAUCGAGGUAGCCAAAAUGAAAAGUACCUCGGGAAUGGUGACGAGAGCGAACAUAAUAGCGGAACAUGACGCCGUUUCUGUCAAAAACGUCAGAGAAGCCGGAGCCAUACCGCUAAUCACGUCCAACAUACCGGAACUCUGCAUGAAUUGGGAAUCGACCAAUAAACUCGUCGGUACGACGAAAAACCCAUACGACACCUCCAGGACCUGCGGGGGAUCAUCGGGCGGCGAGGCGAGUCUGUUAGCCACGGCGGGGUCGUUGAUAGGCAUCGGAUCGGAUAUAGCCGGUUCUCUACGUUUGCCGGCGCAUUUCUGCGGCGUGUGGGGUCACAAACCGACGCCGGGUACGGUUUCCAGCGUCGGACACUAUCCCAGUUGUAAACACGAGGAUAUUUGGAAGGCGACUUUCACUUUGGGUCCGAUGGCGAGGUACGCCGUAGAUUUGAAACUGUUGCUGCGAGUCAUCAUCGAACCGAAUUUUAAAGACGAAUUGAGACUGUACGAACCGGUCGACGUGAAAGAGUUGAGGAUAUUUUAUAUGGAGGACAUCCAAUCGGCGCUUACUGCCAAUGUGAACGAGGAGUGUUUGGACGCACUUCGUAUGGUAGUCGAUUAUUUCGAUGAUAUUUGCCACAAUAACGUCGAAAAAACAGAUUUACCAUUGAUGAAACACGCUCCGGAAUUAUCGGCUCUAACCCUAUUGGAUAUCGACGACGUCGACAAUUUAUUCAAAGGAAGAGGAGACGGUUCCAUAUUGGAAUUGUUCAGAUAUAUGACGUUCAGAUCGAAAUCGGUAUUGACGGCCAUAUUAUACGGCGUGUUGAGAAAAUUAUCCACCCAUUUGCCGAGAUCGACGACGGAUUAUUGUACGAAAAAAUUGGACCAACUUCGAAACGAAUUCGUCAAAUUGUUGGGGAAGAACGGCGUUUUUUUGAUACCCUCUUUUACGGCCGAAGCCCAUUACCACGGCGAUAUAUACAGGAAAAUAUUCGAUUCGACGUAUCUGAUGAUAUUCAACGCUUUGGGGUUACCGGUCACCAACUGUCCGGUCAAAUUCACCAAAAACGGCCUACCGAUCGGUAUUCAAGUGGUGGCGGCGCCGUAUUGCGAUAGAUUGACGUUAGCCGUCGCCGAGGAGGUGGAAAGGCAUUUCGGCGGUUGGCGACCGCCCUACAAGCGCCGAUAGUUCCUAAUAGAACUUUAAUUAUACUAUAGAUAGUACUAUUUACGAGACAAUACAGGGUCCCCCAUCCACCACAAAAUAUUCUAGAUAAUACAAGGGAAAAAUAAAUCGCGCAGCAGCGACGUGUCGGUCUCGUCGAAAAUUACUUCUGGAUAUGGUCCAUAGAUGGCGUCGACAUCUGUAACCUUCUAAACUAGCAAAAAAUGGUGGAGAAAAUAAGCGCGAAUUCGUGUGUGAACACGUGAAAUUCCCCAGUGAAUUUCGAACCUAAUUUUUUUUCAAAUUCGAAAUUUUUUUUUACAGUUUCGAUCGAUGUUGAUAGUGAAAUGAUUCGAUUGUGAUAAGGUCGAAAAUCGAAUAAAAAACUUGUCGGUAGCUUCUAGUUUUAUAUUACGACGUCAAGGUAGGGGCGAUAGGGAAACAAAGGAAUGGAUAUGGGAGAGAGUGGAUGGACAACUAAAAAAAAAAAAAAAAUAAAAAAUUGUAUCGCUGAGGUUAACGAACCUUCUUUAUUCAUCCAGUCUAUACAAUUAUUUUAUUAUAUACAUAAUAACAAUGAUAAGUUUAUUAUUUCACCAAAAGAAUCACAAAAAGACAAGUAAAAGAAAUAAAAUUUAA